UUCCCUGUGUUCAGGUACAAAGGGCGGCGUCCAGAAUGUCACGCCCCCCACGUGCCCAACCAGCCGUCAGAGGCAGCAGCACACUUUUAUUUUGAGCUGGCCAAGACAGUGCUAAUCAAAGCUGGAGGAAAUUCCUCCACCUCCAUUUUCACCCAGCCGUCAGCCAGCGGGGGCCACCAGGGGCCCCACAGAAACCUGCACCUGUGUGCCUUUGAGAUUGGCCUGUAUGCUCUUGGCCUCCACAACUUUGUUUCACCAAACUGGCUGUCCAGAACCUACUCCUCCCAUGUGUCCUGGAUUACUGGCCAGGCAAUGGAGAUCGGCAGCGCAGCCCUCAACAUUUUGGUGGAGUGUUGGGACGGACACCUCACCCCCCCAGAGGUAGCAUCACUUGCCGACCGUGCGUCGCGGGCCAGGGACCCCAACAUGGUGCGGGCGGCAGCAGAGCUGGCCCUGAGCUGCCUGCCUCACGCUCACGCUCUCAACCCUAAUGAGAUCCAGAGAGCCCUGGUGCAGUGCAAAGAGCAGGACAAUGUGAUGCUGGAGAAGGCCUGCAUGGCAGUGGAGGAAGCAGCCAAGGGUGGGGGGGUGUACCCUGAGGUCCUGUUUGAGGUGGCCCACCAGUGGUACUGGCUGUAUGAGCAAUCAGUGGGUGGGGGCUCAGGCCAGCAUCGGGAGACGUCAGGGCGCUGCGGGGCCAACGGGGGCUCGGGCAGGAGGCCCCAGGAGUCCAGCUGUGUGGUGAUUGACACCAGAGCAGGCAUAGAGUCUCCUGGCGUGGCAACAGUCACCGCCUCCGUCACUGCAGCAGCCGUGGUCCCCGUCAUCUCUGUGGGCUCCACCAUCUAUCAGUCCCACAUCAUGCCGGGGCAGGCCAUGGCUCACCCCCACAGUCAGGGGCUCCACCCCUACACCACCAUUCAGGCCCAUCUCCCCACCGUCUGCACCCCUCAGUACCUGGGACACCCUCUGCAGCACGUCCCCCGGCCCACCGUCUUCCCUAUCGCCGGUGCUGCAUAUCCACAGGGAAUCCACCCAGCCUUUAUCGGAGCCCAGUACCCGUUCUCAGUGGCCACUGGCCCCCAGCCCCCUAUGGCAGCCACGGCUGUGACCUUCCCCGGGGUCCCGGUACCGUCCAUGACUCAGAUCGCUGUCCACCCGUACCACCCUGAGAGCGGGCUGCCCCUCACAACUGUAGCAGUGGGCAGCGUCCACGCGGGCCCCACCAUCCAGGCCAUCCAGGGGACAUCCCUGUCCUCCCAGCCCGGAUCAAUGAUGGGCACUGCUUUCCCAGUAGAGGACGAGCAGCACAGCCAGCCAAUCAGCCAACAGGGCCUGCACUACCUGCACUCUGCCUACAGAGUUGGCAUGCUGGCGCUGGAGAUGCUGGGCAGGAGGGCUCACAAUGACCACCCCAACAACUUCUCCAGGAGCCCGCCUUACACUGAGGACGUCAAAUGGCUGCUGGGACUGGCUGCCAGGCUAGGAGUCAACUAUGUGUACCAGUUCUGUGUGGGAGCAGCAAAAGGAGUCCUCAGUCCGUUCGUCCUGCAGGAGAUCAUCAUGGAGGCUCUGCAGAGACUCAACCCCGCCCACAUCCACGCACACCUCCGAACACCCGCCUUCCACCAGCUGGUGCAGCGCUGCCAACAGGCCUACCUGCAGGUACACGCAUCAGCAAACAUUGAAAAAAUAAUACACUAAAUGUUUUUAUCCUAACCAAAUAUUCUGUUUCAGCAUCUCACUUAAAAAUAUGCAGUCUAGAAUGUUGAUGUAAUAGAAAACAACAAACUCAUGUAAUCUGAUGAAUCAUUUUGAAGAUUUAAUUUCUGCCUUCAAAAUUCUGACAUUCACACUUAAAUUGAGAAUGCCUCAAUAGAGGCUUUGAAUUAAAAAAUAAAAUAAUUAAUGGUGUCAAUUCAAAAA